CACCAACCUUAUUAGCAUUGGACUCUUUCGCGUAUUUCAAGAUUUUUCUUCUCAGUCGCGCGAUGUAUAUUGUGAGGUAAACAAUAUAUUCUUUGAACGCUACGUCUUCGCCAAGAACGAUAGUACCAAAUUGGUUCGAUUAAAGGUGCGCUGGAACAGUACAUAAUCAAAACAAACACUGAAGUAAACAGUACGUUGUUUAUUCCCGUAAAAGAAGGGCGCGGUUUGAAGCGCAACGUGAGUGUCGUUAUAAAUAGAACAGAAGAAGUCCUACGAAUGAAGAUCGUCAAAUUUUGGUGAAAGUUGCACAAAGUGAAUCAUUUACAGUGCGAAGCGAAUGCUUCAUGUUGACGGACGUAUUUCAACAAUUUCAUAAAUCGGUGAGAUCAAAGAAACGGAGUGCGGUCUGGUGACGCGUUCGAUAAGAACACGAUUGCUCCAUUAUUAGCCAACGAUAUUGGUUGAAUCAUUGCAAUUGUUUCAAUUUAAUUCGAGAGAGUAUAUGUUGUCGGAAGGUCAGUGAUUGGUCGUCAUAAUAUUUUUACGCUUGCGGAAGGUCGUUUUGCGCGCGGUCCGUGUCUAGUCGCGUGUUUCGCCGUCGUUGUCGUCGUUUUCGCCGGCGCCGGGUUUGCUUACGCAAAAAGCCGUGAUCCUUCACAUUUCCAUAUACGGUAGAGAGUUUCAACUCCAGAAUGUCGUACUACAACGAAAACUUCAACUAUCCGCGUAACUGGCAUGCGAACGGUAUGGGCUGGGUGAACCCAGCUGCCAUGAACCAAAAUCCCUAUCCAACGCAAAUGCCAACCCCGGAAUCAUCCGGCUACUCAAGCUGGAAUCCAUCGGUUUCUGGGCAUUCUCUGUCGUAUGGAUUUGUCCCAGACAUAGAGCAAACAUACGGUGGUGGUGGAUAUCCACCACCCGCCGCAGCUUCUCUCCCAUAUCCGACGAUGGGUUUUGCGGCGGGUGGCUAUGGUGGCAUGCCGAUGCCGAACGCGGGAUACGAUGGGCCUCAGCUGGCCCCAAUGCCGUCGAUGCCGAUGCCAAUGCCAGGCGGCUCUUCCGGCGAGUCUACAGAAGAUGCAUCCCAGGCACAGGAACUUCCGUUCCAAGCCGUGUCCGUCCCCAUAGCAGAGGGAAUGUUUAGUCCGCUUGGCGAAAAGAGCAGCGGCUACCGAACGCGCACCGACGUCCAGGAUUACUACGUGAUCCGCAACCAGUGCCUCGAGAAUGGAUCGCUCUUCGAGGAUCCCGAGUUCCCGGCGACCUCCUCCUCGCUCAUGUUCUCCCGGCGACCCGAUCGCCACUACGAGUGGCUCCGUCCGCACGAGAUAGUCGAGAGUCCGGAGUUUUUCGUCGAGGGAUUCUCCCGGUUCGACGUGCAACAGGGUGAGCUGGGUGAUUGCUGGCUGCUAGCGGCCUGCGCCAACCUGACCCAGGAUCAGAAACUUUUCCUGCGAGUGGUGCCCGAGGAUAACAGCUUCGAGGAGGAUUACGCCGGAGUCUUCCACUUCCGCUUCUGGCAGUACGGACGAUGGAUCGAUGUGGUGAUCGACGAUCGGCUGCCGACCUAUCGUGGCGAGCUGAUCUACAUGCGGUCGGGGGAGAAGAACGAGUUUUGGAGUGCACUGCUGGAAAAGGCCUACGCCAAGCUGCAUGGUUCGUACGAAGCGCUGAAGGGUGGUACCACCUGCGAAGCGAUGGAGGACUUCACCGGAGGUGUUACUGAAAUGUAUGAUUUGAAGGAUCAGACCCCGCCGAACCUGUUCCAGAUCAUCGAAAAGGGAUUCAAUCGUAAUUCGAUGUUCGCGUGUAGUAUUGAGCCCGAUCCAAACAUAACGGAAGCCGAGACACCCGAGGGAUUGAUUCGAGGUCACGCCUACUCCAUAACCAAAAUCCGUCUGGUGGAUAUUGUCACCCCCACGACAUCAGGCAAAAUCCCACUGAUUCGGCUCCGCAAUCCGUGGGGUAAUGAAGCCGAGUGGAACGGAUCUUGGAGCGAUCAGUCUCCCGAGUGGCGUUUCAUUCCGGACGAACAGAAGGAGGAUCUUGGGUUGAACUUCGACGUAGACGGAGAGUUUUGGAUGUCGUAUCGAGACUUCUGUCGAUACUUCGACCGAAUUGAGAUCUGUAACUUGAGUCCGGAUUCACUGAGCGAGGAACAAGAGAAUCGAAGCAAGCUGCGCUGGGAGAUGUCCACGUUCGAGGGCGAAUGGGCUAUCGGAAGCACCGCCGGUGGGUGUCGUAACUAUCUGCAGACAUUCUGGCACAAUCCCCAGUAUGUGGUGCAUCUGGAGGAUCCCGACGAGGACGAUGACGAAGGCAAGUGUACGGUAAUUGUAGCACUAAUGCAGAAAAAUCGUCGCUCCCGCCGUAAUAUGGGAGUGGAUUGUUUGACCAUUGGUUUCGCGCUGUAUCGUCUAAGCGAACGGGACCUGGCCCAGAAGCCUCUGAAAAUGAACUUCUUCAAGUAUAACGCAUCGGUUGCGCGCUCGCCGGCUUUCAUUAAUCUGCGCGAGGUUAGCUGUCGGUUUAAGCUUCCGCCCGGGAAUUAUCUGAUUGUGCCGUCGACUUUCGAGCCGAACGAAGAGGGCGAGUUUUUGAUUCGUGUGUUCUCCGAGUCCCGGAACACCAUGGAGGAAAAUGACGAGGAGGUUGGAGUCGGAGACAUCGAUGAUAGGGUCCAUUCCGACGAUAUCAAUCGUGGUGGUGGUAGAUACAUCGCACCAGACGUUCCAAUCCCAUCGCAUCCUUCGCCCCAGCGUCAAGCCAUGGAGCGUCUCUUUAUGGACGUGGCUGGCGCCGACGGCGAGGUCGAUUGGACCGAGCUGAAACGAAUCCUAGAUCAUUCGUUCCGUGACGAUCUGCCCAAAACUUCGUCGGUAAACGGGCUGAACAAGACCUAUGCCAGCCAGCAGAAUGCCGCGAAUUACGACGGUGGCGGUGGGGACGACAGCGGUGGCGGACUGCUGGCCCAACUGUGUGGUAUCUUCUGUAAGGACACACCGCUGGCCGAAGCGUUCGGAGUGAGCAGCGGACCGGGGGAUGCCAACGCGAACCUGCAGAGUGAAAUUAUUCCCAUCCAACACGUUGACCAGGUCGGUACUGGUUUCUCUAAAGAUGUGUGCCGUUCCAUGGUGGCCAUGCUGGAUGUGGACCAGUCGGGAAAACUGGGCUUCGAAGAGUUCCAAACCCUGCUGACGGACAUCUCCAAGUGGAAGGCGGUGUUCAAACUGUACGACACCGAGCAAGUCGGGCGGCUGAAUUCGUUCGGGUUGCGCGAGGCCCUCAACUCGGCCGGUUACCACCUGAACAAUCGCAUCCUCAACGGGUUGGUCCAUCGGUACGGCUCUCGAGACGGGUCGAUAUCGUUCGACGAUUUCAUAAUGUGUGCCGUAAAGAUCAAAACCAUGAUUGAUAUUUUCCGCGAGCGUGACACCGAAGGCACCAACAUGGCCACGUUCAGUAUGGAUGAGUGGGUCGAAAAAACACUGUAUUCGUAGGUUCUUCCUGUGAAGGGACUCCGUCCCCGUUCCAAGCUCCCAAAUAAUCUCCCCAUUCGUGGCAUUGUUAAAAUAAUGUUAUUCGCUACAUUUGAUCGCCUGACAGGCUCGAGAAGAAUUAUUAAAUUGCAUUUUAUUAUUUUAUUAUCUGGAAUAGGACCCCCAAAUUUAUUGGGGAUCAGUUAUUUUUAGUACGGUUGUUUGUUAUCAAUGUUAACAAAUACUAUCAGUUUUUUCGAAUGUUAUUUAUACAUAUAUUUAUGAAUCAGAAGUAUUUUAACGAAAAUAUUUUAUGAUCGUUGUCGUCUCGAAUAUAUAUGAUGCAGCCACGAAUCGAGCACAAGCUAAACAUUCUUAUGAGCGCUUGCAAAAGUAUAGUAUAUUGGCAGUGGAAACUAUAAAAAAACGGCCCGAUACUAGUGCCCAACCCAAGCGUCGAUAUAUUUACGAAUAAUGAUUAGAUCUAGAUCUAAAGCUGCGAUUCAGCCGAUUUACUUCAAAUUGAAUAUUCUGACAAUUACUUAAUAAAGAAAACAUCUAUUUGUGCCUAGAAGUUAA